AUGUCCGACCCAUUUUCCGUCACCGGCAGCGCGGUCGGGGUCAUUUCCCUCGGGCUAUGUCUUUGCGGUGAAAUUGUUCAAUACGCGCAGAGCGUGCAGGGCCAAGACGAUGACAUACGAUAUCUUGAAACAAAAGCGACCAAUGUCCGACUAUUGUUGAGAGAGCUACGCUAUUUGAUUGAAGAAAAAAGAUACGACUUACCGGAGAUUGCCGCUGACCUCGAAUCAAAAGCACUUGAUUUAAAGGUAUACCUGGAUAGCCUGAGUGCGAAGAUUAAGCAGUAUGGACCGCCUCAGGUUGCAACAAAGUCUACACACAGCAGAGCAAAAUCGACCAUCAAAAGGGCUUUUUAUCCUUUCAAAAAAGAUGCGCUCUUUGAAGUUCGUGAUUGUUUGGAUAGCAUGGGAAGGGAUCUAGAUGCCGCCUUGACGGUGUAA